AUGACCUACCCCGCUGCGCGAGGCUCCCCGCCAAGCGCCGGGCCCUCCCACACACCGUCGGUCGCCGCUGGCUACUCCCAACAUUCUAUUCCCGGCAGCGCUUCGUGGAACUCUAGCCCGGGCGGCCCUGAGAUGGUUGCUGCUCAGUCUCGACACACGUCGCCUGCCAGUCGUUUAUCGAGCCAGCCGUCGGCGGGAAGCUUCGGCCUGUAUGACCAAACGUCGCGCGUCCCGACUGGCGGUUCGGAGGGGGCGACAGAGAUGAACAGCGGCGGUGCCCAGAUGCGCUCAGACCGCACUUGGGCUGGACCAUCAUCAUCUGCCCAAUCGUCUGUUUCACGCCCGCCUCUUGUUCCUCGUGCGUCGGACCCCUAUGCGUUCUCGGCAAACACUUCCACGACCUCGCCCCCGACCUCUGCAUACAGCUCGCCUGCGUCCGCGCCCUCUGCGUACGCUCGAGAACGGGUGUCUGCGUCACAGUCAAUGUCGGCAAUGGGGUCUAGCACGAUUGGGCUGAAGGGGCGACGAGCGCCCGCCCCCGCGGCCCUCGACCUGAGCACUCGUACGGAACCGCCCUCCACAACGAUGCCCCUGCUCGACUUCCAGUCGAACCCUUCGCGGCCACCGCGGGCCCCAGGCAGGCAAAAGUCAAUGGACAUGCCCGUCCCACGACCAUUACCGACUGCGCCCUCCGAGGAAGGAUACAAGCCCCCGAGUCCUGUUCUCCGUUCUGUUCCAGGGCGUGAACGCAGAGAUUCCAUUCCGUUUCCAGCGCAUCAGUUACCGCCGUCUUCCUCACCUCAAGGUCUCUUACCAUCGAGCCUCUCCAGCAGCGUUGGCAUCGAUACUCGCAGGCAGUCUGUGAUCGACCGGCGAGAGUCUGUGGCGACGAAUGGAGAUCGAGUAUCAAUUGAUUCGUACUACCUGGGUGCUGGUGCGAACGGCGGUUUAUCGCCAGGCGACAUGGGAUCCACCUUCACGCCGACAACUCCCGAUCCUCUUGACCCCUCGAACAUUGAUCGUCGUGGCCUCGUUGGCGUCGGCGAGCUCGCCACCCCACGAUGGGGUCCGUCAUCCCGUCAUCUCCGCACGCCUAGCAUGUCUGGCGGAAACGGGGGAGACUUCAGCUUAGCACCGCCUUUACCUCAGUCUGCGUCUGGUCUGUUCGUGGGUUCGGCACCGGGGCGGCAUGUUUGGGACCCAUCAGGCGAGCAGCUGGCUGGCCCAGCGAGCGCGUACCCCAACCAUGUUGAGCACAUCAGCGACGACGUCAUGCAGACGCGUAGGGAACGAGAACAGGCUCGUGCCCGUCACCGCUCUGUCUCGCAUGAGACCCCGAAGCGCCCGCCCGUCACCAAGAGGAACUCGACGCAGGCUGGAGUGAAAGCGCUGGAUUCCCUGCUUUCGCUGUCAUCGUUAAAUGACUUCAACUUUGACUCGCAGAUUGACUCGACGGGCGGCCUCGCUGGCUCGUUAUCUCCCUUGAAUCAAUCGCAAGCUCAACAACAGCCUCCGGGAUCACUGUCGGCUCCGACGUCUCCGCCGCGCGAGGUUAAUGUCCGCGCCUCUGCUCCGCCGGCACCGAAGAGCUAUUCUGCGCAAGCACUGUCGUUGGCGUCUGUGCCGCCUCUUCCGCCCAAGUCGCAACGCCGACAAACGCACCAGCUCUUCACCGACCCCCCAGCCGUUCCUCCCUUACCGACGAAGCCGUUCGAUUCACCAACGUCACCGCCAUUGCCAGGCAGUGCGCGAGAGCGCAUCUACGCUCGGCGUGCAUCCCGCCAGCUCGCAGCUGCGGCUGCGGAGGGAUUACCGCCGCCUAAGCCAGUCGAGAUUCCGCCGUUACCUAUCAACAGCUACAGGGCUUCACCUCCAGGUUCGGCGGACUCGACGACGCCUUCCUUCACUUGGCGCGAUCGGAAAACACCCCCUUCUGGAGGUGGACGGGAUAGGGAAACGUCAAUCUCCUCGCAGACCACGGCGAAGCGUCGGGCGCCACCAAGCCCUAGUGCGCCGCACCACGACAUCCUCCGUCACAUCGCCCCCAAGGACUUUUCGCAUCUUCCUCCCAGCCCCUCGACGGCGUCAAUCAACCAGUUCCUGCGUGGAUCAUCCUCUGGGCAGAACCUCUCGACCGUGCGAACACCACCCGGGUCGGUGUCGGGCCACAGCAAGCCGCCGUUACAGCGUUCCGAGUCGACGCGCUCGCGGUCGAGAGCGCAGUCGAUGAAGUCUGGCGAGGUCGCUGCCACCGUGGAAGCCUUGAGGAAGCUGGAUGGCUUAGGCACCACGCCUAAGAAGCAGGCCACUAAUACUGCUGCGACUCCAAGGCCUCACCCUGGCACCCCGCCCGAGACGAUUCGCAAGAGCUCCAGCUACGACUUAGCGGCCACUGCGACCCACGCGCGCGCUCGACGGGAGACGUACACCGCAGGCAGCAGUGACGUCCCGCCGUUGACGUUUGAGAAGCGUGAAUCGUCGCCGAGCGUGGUUGGCACGCCGACGUCUCGUGAUUCGCUCAUUCCGCUGCGUGGCUCGGGCACGCCUCCGACCAGCCUCCGGGACAUUCGAGCGGAGAAGGCAGCGCGCCGACCGAGUGUGGGGAGCGACAUUUCUUCCUUGGACGGAAAUCUGGACGAUCGCACGAGCGACAGCUUUGUUCCACCUGUUCCUCCCCUCCCUCGUGGCUACAUGUCCAUGCGUUCAGGACUGGCCACGGCCGGCGCUGCAACCCAGGUGCCUCCCUCAGGAUCAGCAACGCACCUACCGCAAACCGGCUCCACGACGACGUUGCCCACGACCACCGAGUCUUCUCCGACUGGCAGCCCGACUUUGCAAGCGCCGCCGCCGAUGCAGUAUGUCCCUCUGCAGGCCGAAUCGGCCCAGCCGGCUCAGUCUGUCGAGUCCACAGCUUCCCCGAGAUCUCCCUCGUCGACCUUCCCUUCGCCUCAGGCACACAAGGAGUCGCCCGAGGUACCGACGCCCGUGUCCUUGACGCUCAGUGACGGCUCGGCUCGCGACACUCCGGCGCGUCGAAGCAUGAGCAAAAAAUGGUCCUUCUCAUCAGCACUUAGCCUUAAGGGGCUGCACAACAAAGAGAAGGACGUCAUGUCGUCUCCGAACUCGUCGUUUGACAUUGGCGACUCACCGCCGCGUGCCGUGCAGUGGCCAGAGGAGAGCCCCUUGGUUCCCACGCGUACCCGCGAUUCGAUCGACGUUCACUCGACCAUCUCGGAUGCUCGUUCGAACCACAGUACGACGCCGAUCGCCCCUCCAUCGAAUCUGGCGCCGCCCAGCCGAUCGGCGUCUAAGCGUCUCACGCCUUCCUCCAUCCCAUUCUUCCGUCGCUCAUCCGCUUCAUCCGCCUCGCUGUCGCAGAAACUCGCUUCCCCGCCCGACGCCCAGGCCUCUCGGUUAUCGGUUCAAGCUUCCUCGGCGUCCACGUCAACCAACUCGAUGGCCCAGCGAACGCCGUCCAGCGCCCGCAAGUCCAUGCUCAGCAGCAUGCACAUACCGUCCAUGCUGCGUGUCAGCGGGUCCAAGCGCGGCAUCUCGCACAACCAAUUAUCACCUCAGGAAGAGAUCGACACUGGCGAGCCACCAAAGUCUGCUGUUGAGCCCCGCACCAAGGAGCCCUCCUUGACCAAGGUUCGCUCGAUUGGCCGCAGCGGCGGUCGUCCGCGCCGCUUAACGCUGUCGUCUGGCGGUGACCAGAACAACGCCUCGCUGUCGCGCAACCCUUCAAUGAACGUUCAGCCGAACAUCAUGCACCAGCGCUCAGAGUCGGGUAUACUUAACGGGUUACCUGUGAAGGGCACGCGACUUCCCAUGGCCAGCAGCCAGCAUGGUCUGCACACCGCUUCCUCGGCUUCGUCACUCCGCAAGGACGGCAACCGCCCGCCGCCGUCGGCGACCCCCACCAAGAUCCCGCGCAUGACGUCCAGGCCCUCGGUGGUGACGCCAAACACGCAGGCGUUACACAUGACCAGCCCACACACCAGCAUGCCCCCUCCGGCUCUUCCUUCAGGGAUGGCCACGAGCAGGAGUGCAAACAUGUUGUCAUCAUCCGGUAACGGCCACUUGCCAUCGUCCACCAGCGUCAACGACAUGUCUCCUGGAGACUUUGGCAGCAUAGGAUCCCGCCAAUCGUUCCAGGUCGGUUCUUCGUCUGCGGCUCACCGAUCGCAUCUUCUUGCGCCCAUGUCUGCCAGGAAGCACAGCGUCUCUGGUAUCCCGGCGCCGCCCGUUUCUCGUCGUGAGACUUUAGCCAUUGCUCCUUCGUCCAACAUGAUCACGCCUUCCCGUCGUACGCUUCCCCAAUUGCCUUCAUCGGCUACCACGAUGACGAUCUCGUCUGCCGCCAAGGUUCGCCCUGCUGGUACCCGCCGAGGUUCGACGAGCAGCCAGACGGACAACACGGACGACAACAGCGCGAAGCAGCCGAUCAAGACGUCCAAGUCGUUCCACACCAAGGGUAUCUCUGCCGGUCACUCGAGAAUGUCUCUGUCCUCGUCCGCCGUAGCAUCACGACGAGCUUCGCUGGCUGCCGGCGACACGUCCAGCCACGACAGCCCGACCGACGAUGACGAGACGAUGGCCGACGCGGAGAUGGCGCAGUAUGUCGUUCGCCGCAAGGCUCGUGCUGCCGCCAGCCACAGCAAGAAGGACGAUCUUAGCGACCUGUUAGGCUUCCCCGAGGACAUUCAGCCGGCCGAGGCGCUCACGCAGCGUCAGUUCAUCUCGCGAAACCUCGGCAGCCUGUCGGACUAUGAGCGCAAGGAGGUCCUCGACUUUGACCACAUCUACUACACGGUCACGGGCGUCAAGCGCCCCGUCGGUGCCGACGGCAAGGUCUACAACCACGGCUACGACGACGAACGCGGAGACUACCUUGUUGUCGAGGGCGACCACCUCUGCUACCGCUACGAGGUCAUGGGUGUGCUCGGCAAGGGCUCUUUCGGCCAGGUUGUGCACUGCCGUGACCACAAGACUGGUGGUUCUGUCGCUGUCAAAAUCAUCCGCAACAAGAAGCGCUUCCACGCCCAGGCGCUCGUUGAGAUCAAGAUUCUGCAGCAGAUUGUCGACUGGGACCCGGAGGACAAGCAUCACAUGGUCAAGAUGACGGACCACUUCUACUUCCGUGGCCACCUGUGCAUUGUCACCGAGCUGCUCAGCAUCAACCUGUACGAGCUCAUCAAGGCGAACCAGUUCAACGGUUUCUCGACGGUGCUCAUCCGCCGCUUCACGACGCAGAUGCUGUCGUCGCUGGUGCUCAUGCGCUCGCACCGCAUUGUGCACUGCGACCUGAAGCCAGAGAACAUUUUGCUGCGGCACCCGAGCAAGAGCGGCAUCAAGGUCAUCGACUUUGGUUCCUCGUGUCACGAGUCGGAGAAGGUAUACACGUACAUCCAGUCGCGCUUCUACCGCUCGCCCGAAGUCAUUCUCGGCAUGAACUACGCAAUGGCAAUCGACAUGUGGUCUCUCGGCUGUAUCCUCGCCGAGCUCUACACUGGCUACCCAAUCUUCCCUGGCGAGAACGAGCACGAGCAGCUCGCUUGCAUCAUGGAGGUGCUCGGUGUGCCCGACUCAUACAUUGUGCAGAAGGCUUCGCGCCGAAAGCUGUUCUUCGACGCCACUGGUGCCGCGCGGCCAUUCGUCAACGCCAAGGGCAAGCGCCGGCGGCCGGGCACCAAGUCGCUCCAGUCGGUGCUCAAGUGCAACGACGAGCAGUUUGUCGACUUUAUCUCCAAGUGCCUCACGUGGGACCCGGACAAGCGCCUCAAGCCCCAGCCGGCGAUGCGCCACCCUUGGAUCCUGGCGGGCCGGCGUCGUGCGCCUCCGCCGCCGACAUCGUCGCAAACCGAGCGCGACGGCCGCACGUCCCUGUUGAGCUCGAGCACGUCGUCCCGCCGGCAGACGACGCAGUACUCGAACGGCGGCAGCAGCGAGAAGAAGGGUCUCGUUAUUUCGCCGCCUACGCCACUCGUUGCGCGCGCACCGCAGAGCACGUCCACGCCGCGCGUCGGCGUCCCCGCCACGGCGCGGUUACACGCCCGCAACAGCGCCUACGCGCGGUCGGUGCGGUCUGAACGUGUGAUCGAGGAAGGCGAGGAAGGCAAGGUGGCGAAAUGUGGAGGUGGAGGCAAAGGUCAGAUGAAAUGGACGAUCUAG